AGUUAGCACUGAUUUUCGACCAAUAUGGUUGACACCAACACUAUCGGCGAUUCUGCUGAGGGUAGCGGCCAGGUCCUGCGAUCUCCCAGGACUAUGCGUAUCUUAAUAUGUGGAUGCUGGGAUCUGAUGCACACUGGUCACUUCAAUGCCAUCAGACAAGUUGCGACCAUCGCUCACGAGAUUGAGAGGGAGAAAGAAUUGGAAGGGGAGAGGGUUCGUGUUGAAGUCGUGGCUGGAAUCCACCCUAACAAGGAAAUCCGUCGAGUGAAAGGAGGGGAAUUCGUCUGUUCGGAAGAGGAGAAGGAGACGAUGUUGAGGUCCUGUAAGUGGGUGGAUGACAUUGUGCACGAUGUUCCUUACAAGCCCCUCACAGUGGAGUUCCUGGAUAAGCAUCGCAUCGAUUAUGCGGUGCAUGGUGACGACAUUGCCAAAGCCUCUGAUGGUACCGAUAUGUAUGGUUACGUCAAAGAAGCUGGAAGAUACCGCGAGUUUAGGAGGAGCGAGUGUAUCUCUACAACGACCCUGAUCAAUAGAAUUUUGGGUUGUUACCCCGGUGCAAACGCCAACGAGGCUUUCUCACUGACCAGCAGGAGGAUGACCGAGUUUUCAAGGGGUUACAAGCCUAUCGAGAGUGCCAGUAAAAUUGUGUAUAUCUCCGCGGUUUGGGAUUUAUUGCACACUGCACAUAUUGAGGCUCUCCGACUCGCUAACGAUGCUGUCAAAGGCGCUGACUAUCUUCUAGUUGGCGUUAGACAUGAUUCUUCAGCAAAUGGAGAAAGGGACAGGACGAUCACAUCUGAUGGCGAGCGUGCGUUAUCCUUGCUCAGUUGCCGCUACGUAUCUGACGUAGUAUUACAAGCUCCGGAGCGCCCAAGUGCCGAUUUCUUCAGAGCAUUCAACGUAGUUAUCCCACUAUACGUUGAAUAG